AUUGAAUUAUUUGGCACUUUUUGAACGAUAGCCCAAACAUUAGCCGAAAGCGACGAUUGCGUGACAUUUGGCUCUUCCGUCUAAUCGUCAAAAAUGCCGGUAAUUGUCAUCAGAGAUGACCAGCACUUCGCCACUGAGUUGGCCGCCAGUCCUGCCACCAAACUGCUGGUCGUGGACUUCACAGCCACGUGGUGUGGUCCGUGUCAGCGAAUAUCACCCGUUUUCGAGCGCCUCAGCAAUCAGUUCACGAAUGGCCUGUUCCUCAAAGUGGAUGUCGAUCAGUGUCAGGAAACGAUGCACAGCUAUAGCGUGGAAGCGAUGCCGACGUUUGUGUUCAUCAGAAACCGAGUUGUGUUGACCAGAGUUCGCGGCGCAGACCCCACAGCCCUCGAGAGCAAGAUUAGGGAACUCAUUGGCAGUGAUGUGGAGACGGGUGGCGGUCAGAGUGAGACCGGAGUGGCCGGACAUAUAGAGCUGAAUACCUUCAUAAAUAAGACCCAAUCGGAGUGUCUGAAUGAGUCGGACGAGCACUCGCUGUCCGGGUGUCUCACCAGUGGUUCCAACGCUUAUCUGGAGUCCGAUUGUGACGAGCAGUUGAUUAUAAACCUGGCGUUCAAUCAGCCCUUAAAACUGCAUUCACUGAAGAUAAUGGCGCCCAAAGACAACGGACCGAAAACCAUCAAAUUGUUCAUCAAUUUGCCGAAAACACUCGACUUCGACGAGUCCGACUCCAUGGAACCGAUCCAGAAGUUGGAUCUCUCGGCUCAAGACAUAUCCAGUGGGACACCAAUCGCAUUACGUUAUGUCAAGUUUCAAAACGUGCAAAACAUAUUGAUAUUCGUGAAGAAUAAUCAGUCGAAUACGGAAGUGACUCGAAUUGAUUACCUCUCGUUCAUCGGUUCCCCCGUUUCGGCCACUAAUAUGAGUGACUUCAAGAGGAUUGCGGGAAAGAAAGGAGAAUCCCAUUGAAUGCAUGAAUCACUGAAACUCGAAACUCUUUAAUCUUUUUAUUGUUUUCCUAUUUUAUAUAACUUAUAAACUAUUGAUUCAAAACACAUUGGUUUUAAUGAAAUAACAAUUAAAUCUAAACUAAUUUACAUUA